AUGCUACCGUUUCUCUUCCCUGACCUCGCUUCCUUUCCCACUGUCGCUGACCUCGUUACCCACCUCCGUGCUAGGGACACCCGCUACCGCGCUGCCCUUCCUGCUGAGUUCCGCGCUGCGAACCCUCCUCCCAUGUACAUCACCCUCUACUUUCUCGUCACCCGUCUCCCUGAGUCCCUUCGUGUCGUUAGGGACCAGUUUCUCUCUGUCUGUCCCACCAAGCUCACUGGGUGUGGUCCUUCCCCCCUGCCUGCCCUCUGUUCGCCUCUGCCGCUGCGGGCCGACCUCACUGGUUUUGAGUCGGUCGGCGCGGCGUCUGCCCCAGCGGCAGACGCCGCUCUGGCAAGAGCAAGGUGGGGCAGGGGAGCGGGUGGAGCUCGAGGGGGCGGUGGAGGAGGCGGUGGGGGUGGCGGGGGGGAGGUGGGGGUGGCGGUGGGGGUGGUGGCGGGAGUGGAGUUACUUGGUGGCGGCGGUGGAGGCGGAGGUGGCGGCGGAGGUGGUAGCGGAGGAGGCGGUGGGAGCGGUGGGAGCGACGGACCUGGUGGGGGAGGUGGCGGUGGAGACGGAGGUGGCGGUGGAGGCGGGGGUGGCGGUGGAGGCGGGUCGUCGGAGUGGCUCGUCCCAGCGGAGCAGCUCUGGGGUGUGGUGACCGUGCAGGGGAGAGUGUGGAGGGCGCCACACAGCCCGCCGCUGCUUUGGCCGCCUGACGACGCCUGGCGUCAGCAGUUUCCGGAGGCCGCUGAGAUCCCCCGCUGGGGAGAGCUGUCUAGGGCUGGUGUAGCUAUUUAUGAUCUUGAUUUUGAUGCUAUUCUCUCUGCUAUGUAUGCUGUGACUGGUAGUGAUGAGGAUGACUGUUACCGGUGUUUCCCGCCCGACCCGGGCAUUGGUACUGCCGCGUCAGGUACUAGUGAGGCUGCUGCUCUAGGUGCCAGUGCGUCUGUGCUCUCAGGUGCUGGUGAGUCUGCCCUCUCAGGAUGCGGGUGUCCACCAGUUCACCCCUGCUCGUCAGCGGGUGACCCACUGCACGGAGGCGGAUACAGGUCGCCACCUGGCUACGUUUACACGUCGGCCAGGUCGAGCCUGUACACACUGACCACUGCUUCUCCUCCAGGUGCUGAGUCUGGUAGGGUCCCUUCGUUUGGUCAGGUGUUUGCUUGCAGCGUCCAGGGGCGCCAGCGUGCUGCCCCUCACUCCUCCCAGUUUCCUCCGACAGAGGCCCCGUUGCAGACGCUUCACAUGGACGUGUGGGGCCCAGCCCGCGUCCGUGGACAGGGUCAGGAGCGCUACUUCCUGCUGGUGGUUGACGGACUACCUCGCGUUACACCAACAGUCUUCCCCUUGCGCAGGCAAGGGUGA